AGUGCUUCUAGUUCUUUAUCAGAAACCGGAAUUGAGAGGAGAGGGAGAGCGGAUCAUCCUGAGCCUCACAAAACUUUUGCUUCCUGCCGGGAAAUUUCUGAACCAGAAUUUCCUGCUGACAUUUCUGAAACAAACCACCGUAAAUUAUCCUACAGACUACACACUGUGUGGCAGAGGCUUUCAUGUCGGCGUAAAGCCUAACUUGACAGGGAUCCAUAUUCCAGCUGGACUUACCAUUUACUGGGAACUGCAUGAAAAAUCAAAAAUUCACUUUUCCACUCUAAAAUAUAGGCCUGGUUUCGCUUCUAGUGAAGCAAGAGGCAGCUUUGGCACCACCUGUGCCAGUGUAACGGUCCAGCGAGCGACAUGGAAAAGUUACUGGCAGCUAUUUGGAGAUAAACCUGCCCCCGUGAGUAGCUGCGAUGAGGCCGGAGAGGCCCGAAUCAGCGGGGAAAUUCCCCCUCCGCGAUAGCGAUCGGGUACAAGUGGUUGCCUAGCUGUCUUUGAAUACACACACACAAAAAAUGACGGCAGUGUUCAAGCUGCAGGUUUCAUAGCUACACUGGAUCUUUUAUUGUGGUCUCCUCUAAAUUGCAGCACUGAAAACAAUGGCAGCAGAAUGUAUAAAAAACUGCUGUAAAUGGUGUUUCUGCAUGGAAAAAGAGAAAAAUGAUCCAGUUUCCAUGGUGCAGGAAUCUGAAGCAGUAGCUGCAAGCAAGCCAACUAUUGUAGAGAAGCCUCCAUUGUCUUCUGUGUCAGUGAAGCGUCAAGUUGGCUGUUCAGAGGAUUAUCUGCUUUGUAAACUGCCCCUGGAUGGUCAAGAGGUACCAUUUGUGGUCCCUCCAUUCAAGUUGGCUUAUGUACAACCGAAGAACCUUCCCAGUAUCUCACAUGCUGGAGGGAUUCAAGAAUCUGCCAGAGCCUCAUUCGGUGACCGGAAAGCAGAACUGCACGGCGUGUACCGAUGGCCCUGCUAUGACGUGUACAACCCGUUCUAUUUGGAGCAUCGGGUUUCGCCAGAUCUGAUUAGGCGCUGCCAAGCAAAAUCAGAUAAUAGGAAAUUAUAUGGAUCAGUUAGUGAUUUAAGACCUAGUACUUUGCCUGGAUCAUUUGAUGUGAGUCGUUCAAUGUUUGACCUCAGAAGCCCACCUCAUCGAUUCAUGAAGAGAUAUGACUCACUUUCCAGUGUACCUAGCAGUACCUCUUCCAGGAAGGAUUCACAAGGCAGUAACAGGAGUCUGGAUACUAUUACAUUAUCAGGUGAUGAACGGGAGUUUGGAAGACUAAAUGUGAAGCUGUGUUAUGUUUCUUCCGUAGAACAGAUUUGGAUCACAGUUUUACAUUGCAAGGACCUGAGCUGGCCUUCUAGCUGUGGGGAAAAUCCUCGUAUCUGUGUCAAGGGGAUUCUCACACUGCCCAAGCCAGUGCAGUUCAAAUCUUCUGCCAAGGAAGGGUGCAAUGACAUGGAAUUUAUGGAAACUUUUGUAUUUGCUAUUAAACUGCAAAGCCUGCAGGCUGUCAGAUUGGUAUUUAAAAUCCAGACACAGACUCCCAGGAAAAAAACCAUUGGCGAGUGUUCUUUGGCACUGCGGGAGCUCAGCUCAGAGGAGUCAAGUCAUUGGCUGGAUAUCUCUCCUCCUUCCAAAGCACCUGUGUGGCGCGCAGAACUUCAAAUAGGAACUUGUUUUCAAGCAAUAAACAGGAGGAUUCAGUUACAGAUUCUUGAAGCACAAAACCUUCCCAUUUCAUCUACACCACUGUGUUCAAGUUUCUUUGUGAAAGUUGGAAUGUUUAGUACAGAAGGGCUGAUCUGUAAGAAGAAGACUCGACUUCUGAAAUCCACUAAUGGCCAAGUGAAGUGGGGAGAAAUGAUGAUUUUUCCAGUUAGCCAAGCUGAACAUGGAAUUAGCUUUCUCAUCAAACUCUACAGCAGAAGCUCAGUGAGAAGAAAACACUUCCUAGGACAGAUCUGUAUAAGUCCUGAUAGCAGUAACAGUGAAGCAGUAGAGCAGUGGAAAGAUACUAUUGCCAACCCUGAAAAAGUUGUUGUUAAAUGGUACAGCAUUGGUCCAUCUUGAAGACUGGAGAUGAAACUCAGAACUGAUUUUUCUAGAAAGAUAUUCCUACGCUGCUUAAAAUAGUAUAAAUGAAAAAAAGUAUUGUCUACACAAGUUCUUCAGAAGGUCUCCACUGCAUCACGCCUUCAUAGUAACUGGGAAAAUGCAGUUUCACCAAGCUAAAUGCUGGGUAAAUACUAUUAAGAAGAUGACUUAGGAACUGGGGAAAUUACUCAUUUGCUUUAAAAAAAAUCGACCUUGAAAAAUACAUUUUUGACCAUUUUAGGCACCAUAAAAGCACAGAAAUCCACUCUUGGAGAGAGGCAGCUUGAAUAAUCAGCAUCUCGUUCACUAGUCGCUGACAUUAUCCUCAUCUGCGAUCUUGUCUUGGGCAGACUCCAAAGUCCAUGGGAACCAGUCCGGCCAGUGGCUGGAUCCCAGGUACCUCUGGGCCUCGGGGGUUGCACCCCUGUUGACACCAUUUGAUCAGAGUAACAUGUGGGAAGACUGUGGCUGUAGGAGGAGGCAUGAAGGGAACCAUGCAGUAAGGCAGUGCCCAGUGGCUUUUCUCACCUCCACGUCCGAUGCAGGCUUGUUCAGUUCCCUGACCUGCCUGUAACCUGGUUUUCCCCCAUCCUUCUCUUUAAACAGAGAGAUGGAAAGAAAGGAGUUUUUCUGAAUAACUGUGAACUUUGCAAGUGGGACCCUCCAGACUCGCUCUGUUUGAGUGAAUUCUGAUUGGAAUCAAUGGAAUAAUACAGAGGCAACGGCCCUGCUUAGGAUGAGGGCAAAUAUUUUUAGAUAAAUUACUUAUAUAGAAUUCUUAGACGUAAACUACUUCCUAUCUAAUCAACAAUGCUUUAGCAUUUGCUUACAUUGCUAAAAGCUAAACUAACAUUUACAAAGGAGUAAGCAAAUAUUUACUGACAUAAGUGCUUUUUGAUGCUAAUUAAGAUGCAGCAUAGUAAGGGACUCAAACUUUGUUUUUAAACAAAGAUGGGCUACUACUGCAGAAGCAUUUGUUACAUGUCUAGGAUGCUGAAAAAUUAUGUGUGGGAGUAUAUUUUUGUUACUGGUUUCUAGCAAGAAGAAAUUACCCUAUUUUUAUUGCAAAUAAUAUUUUUCCUACAAAAUUCUAAGAUUAUUUUUACUAUUAGUCCCCAUAUUUUCAGGGGGUUCAUUCAUAGUUGUUUUUGAGGUGGGAAAAUACCGUGUAUAUAAUUGAUAAUAUAUACAUCUAAAAGCAGAGACCUCCUUGCACAAAUUUAACUACUGGAGUUAAAAAUAUCUAUUCAAUUAAAUCCACUGCUUACACAUUUACUGUUGGCUGUCUGGACUGUACAAAUAUGUGUGUUUGCACAGAUGCUGAAUAAUUUUCUCUUUUUUAUAACUUGGAUCCCAUUCAAACAUCUGACAUGAACUAGAGUGGCAGUGAGAGCACUCACUGCUGAAAGGUGUAGGAACAGUGAGGAGCAGAGAAAACACUAACAGAAAAGCACAUUGUAUUUAUGCAUAGAGCUCAGAAUAUCUUUAACUUUUUUGACUUUGACUAAAGGUCAAGAAAAAAUGGAAUCUCUUAGAUAUUCUUUUUUAAUCAGCUGUUAAUCAAAGCUUUUAAAACUUCAAACAUCCAGUUUUUUUGUUGUCGAAAUGUAAUAUUUUGAAAAUGGGCAAACAAAAGGAUUUUCCUAGGCUCUUAUGUGCAUUCUGCUUUUUGACCAGGUUUUAUAAAAGAACUGAAAGUUUUUGCAUGUUACUCAGAGAAUGAACAUCAGUUCUAGCUCUUACUGGCACCCUUUGCAAAGCUCCCAGUUGGCCCCAAGGAUCUUGACUGACAGCGUUAACUUCCAGCCAGUUCCAGCACAUGGGAUGAGCCUGGCCUGUUGGGUAAAAUGAAAAAAAGAACUGGAUUGAGCUGAUAGGCUUUGUGUAUCUUUACUUGAAUAUGUGGAUUUUUUCAUUCAUUGUAGCUGAAUUGAAGUAAGCAAAAGUGCAAACUAACUGUUUUCCUUAUGCAGAAUGCUGCUGCAUUUGACAUAGAGAACAGGGAAUAUCCUCAGGGUUUUGGAGGAUUCGAUUACCAUGAAAGUGGUUCUACAGAACCUCCCAACACAGUGGAUAGUGUGUAAAAUGAGCUUUUGGGGCUGUUUUAGGACACCUAGCCUUUUAAAAGCCUAGUUAGUAAUGUCACCUUUUUCCUAUGUUAAUAUUUCAUCUAUGUGUUUAUAAUAAAAGUUAUGAACAGAA